UUGAUCAAGUUAUCCUCCUAAAAAUUUCUUCUCUCCUUGAGGUCAAACUCAAAGUGAUACAGCGAUCUUUGCCGAUCCGAACAAUGGCGACGCUCAGAGUUCCGCAGGUGGUACCUUCCCCCGUCGAGGACACUCAGCAGCUACGGAAGGCUUUCGUUGGUCUUGGAACGAACGAGAAGACGAUCAUCUCCAUCUUAGCCCACCGCAAUGCCUUACAGCGCCACCGAAUCCGUGAAACCUACCACGAGACGUACGGUGAAGAUCUCUUGGUAUCUCUUAAGAAGGAGAUAUCUGGUGACUUCGAGAGGGCGGUGAUGCUGUGGACGCUGGAUCAAGCAGAGCGGGAUGCGGUGCUGGCCAACGAGGCGGUGCAGAAAUGGCACCCAGGGAACCUCGUGCUGGUGGAGAUAGCGUGCGCCAGGAGCGCCGCAGAGCUUUUUGCGACGAGGAAAGCGUACCAAGCGCGCUACAAGAGGUCGUUGGAGGAAGAUGUGGCUGCUCAUACUAAGGGAGAUUUCCGCAAGCUUUUAGUGCCACUGGUGAGCUCCUAUCGCUACGACGGUCCGGAGGUGAAUACCAAAUUAGCAAAAUUGGAGGCCAAGAUGCUACAUAAAGCCAUUGCUGAAAAGUCCUACAGCCAUGAAGAAAUCAUCAGGAUACUUGGUACAAGGAGCAAGGCUCAACUAAUUGCUACGUUUAAUCAUUAUAAUGAUGAAUUUGGUAAUCCCAUAAAUAAGGACUUGAAGCAUGAAGCCAAGGAUGAGUUUCUCUCUUCUUUAAGAGCAGUAAUUCGGUGCCUUGUUUGCCCACAGAGAUACUUCGAGAAAGUUCUUCGAAGUGCCAUUGAAGGACUUGGAACAGAUGAAAGCGUCCUUUCUCGUGUUAUAACUACGCGCGCUGAAGCUGAUCUACAGGAAAUAAAAGAGGCCUACGCCAAAAGAAAUAGCAAGGCUUUGGAUGCAGCAAUUGCGAAGGAUACAUCUGGAGAUUACGAAGCCUUUUUGCUUGAACUGAUAGGACAUAAUGAGAACUGAAGAGGGUUCCAGUUUUUAUUCUGGCGAAGAACUUUAUUAUAUCUGUCUUAUGGUGAAACUGAGGACUUAUUAACUCAUAAGCUAGAAAAUAAAUUGCCAGUUCUUGCUUA